CCGCCAAGCUUCAGUCACUAAGUGUUUGCGAUAAGAACCAGUAGUGUGAAAAUGCAUCGGAGUGCAAUAUUUCUUUGUCUAUUAUACUCAGUACUUUGUGCUGAUCCUCAAUCCCGCUUAAUUCAGCUUGAUCAGGGUCCCGUGCGUGGAUAUAAAGAUGUAAAUGAAGAUAUUUUUGUCUUCAAUGGUAUACCGUACGCUACAGCACCGACUGGACGCGAUAGAUUCAAGGCUCCUCUUUUGCCACCAACUUGGUCUGAACCGUUGGAUGCCGUGGAAAAGGAUAUUAAAUGCCCACAAGCCAAUUACAUGAAUAUAACCAGUGAAAAUUAUCAAGAAGAUUGUCUCAUUGCGAAUAUUUAUGUCCCAGAAAAAAUUGAUACAACACUUCCAGUCGUCGUUUAUGUCCAUGGCGGCGCUUAUGUUUUAGGUUGGGGAAACAUGUUUAAGCCUAGAAAAUUGGUAAAAAGCAACAAAAUUAUCGCGGUGACGUUUAACUACAGAUUGGGAGCACACGGAUUCCUUUGUCUUGGUACAGAAGAUGUGCCUGGUAAUGCUGGUAUGAAGGACCAAGUUGCAUUACUACGUUGGGUUAACAAAAAUAUUGCAAAAUUUGGCGGCAAUCCUGAUGAAGUUACAAUAGCAGGCUAUAGUGCUGGUUCAUCCGCGGUAGAUCUUCUAAUGAUUUCAAAAAUGGCACAAGGCUUAUUUAAAAGAGUUAUCCCAGAGAGUGGUGCAAAUACUGCAGCGUUUAGUAUUCAAUCCGAUCCCAUUAAGAAUGCUAAGGAGUAUGCAAAAAUGCUUAAUUUCGAAAAUGUAGAAGACUUCUACGCUUUAGAAGAUUUUUUUAAAGCGGUACCCAUUGAAGAAUUAAAUUUACCAAAUGUCAUGGAUAGGACAGAUUCUACUUUCUUGAUGUCCCCAUGUGUGGAGCGUGAUGUGGGUGAAGAACGAUUUCUUGAUGAUAACCCAGUUCAAAUAUUGAAGUCUGGUAGCUAUAAAAAACUUCCAAUGUUAUAUGGAUUUGCUGAAAUGGAAGGAUUAUUUCGCAUGCCUCUUUUUGAGCUUUGGAAGGAUCGGAUGAAUGUAAAAUUCUCAGACUUUCUCCCGUCCGAUUUACAGUUUAGAGAUGCAAAUGAAAAAGAGCAAGUUUCAAAAGAAAUUAAACAUUUUUAUUUCGGUAACAAAAUGGUAGGAGAGGAAACGGUUUUAGCGUAUAUCGACUAUUUCACAGAUAUUAUUUUUGCAUAUCCGACACUAAGGUCAGUAAAGUUGCACCUGAAAAAUGGACAUAACCAAAUAUAUUUAUACGAGUACUCGUUUGUAGACAACGAUACCCCAAUAAUUCCGCACACUAAUAUUCGCGGAGCAAAUCAUUGUGCACAAACAGUAGCUGUUUUAGAUGGAUAUUGGAACGAAACUUUAAUGAAUGAAAAAUCAAUAUCAUCAGAAUUUAAGAAAAUGAAAUUGAUUACAAGAGAAUUAUGGUUAAAUUUUAUGACAACUGGAAAUCCUGUGCCAGCUGAUUCUAAGCUACCAGCAUGGCGGCCAGUACAAUCUGACUGGUCACCACAUAUGUCCAUCAAUAACACUUUAGAAUUAAGAGGACCUUUGUUGAAGAAAAGGAUGAUGUUCUGGGAAGAAAUUUAUGAUAAAUACUAUCGGUUUCCUAUAAAACCUACUCGUCCUUUUAUACAAAAAUCUGAGCUUUGAAGAAUUUCAGAGAAUUUGUAUAAAUAAGAACAUGAAUAUAAUGUUCUGUUUUUUGGGGCAAUUAAUUAAGUUAAACAAGGAUAUAAAAAAGUAAAACCCUAUUUUUCAGUAAAUGUUUUGUACUGUAUGAAAUUUGUCUUUCAAAAUCUAAAAGUAAAAUUACAAAUCCGAAAUGAUUCUUCCAGUUCCGGGUUUCUUUAUAUGUCUAUGUCUCACUUCACUCUGUUGAGCGUUAACGAUGAAUAUGCCUCAGGCAGACCUCGCACUCCCUGCACCCUGUGUUUGUGGAGAAAAUUGUCAUAGUUUUGUUCAGCUCGUUUCGUCCUGUACCCAUUUAUUAGGCGAUAGAGAUAUGCAACCCGCAUUUUAGAUUUGCGCGCAUCGAGUACUUACAAGAGUCGCUAAAAACGGUAUAAACGUAGAUUAGAUUGCGAAAACAAGCCAAAGAUUCCGUUGGUGUUGUAUUAUUUAACAUGCUGAUAUAAUAAUAUAUAAGUCAAUAAAAAAACUUGUGAUAUGUGAUAAAAGCGAAAAGGGAAUAAUUACGAAAAUAGGCAGUAUUUUGCUUAUUUAUUUCUAGUGCAUCUAAUUGUUUUUUGAUUAAUGGAGGGAAAUGAUGAUAUAAAUUAAUAAAUUUAUAAGUUUUUUA